AUGGGUUGUAGUCCAUCAAAAGAAGGAAAUGGAUCAUUUUCAUCCACAUCGACAUCAUUCAUUCAUGGUAGUGAAUCUCACCCAGAAUACGAUAUGCUUUUAAAAAUAUUAGUAAUUGGUGAUUCUGGUGUUGGUAAAUCAUGUAUGUUAUUACGUUUUGCUGAUAAUAGGUUCACUGAUUCUUAUAUUUCAACAAUUGGUGUUGAUUUCUGUAUUCGUACGAUUGAAUUAGAUGGUAAAAAGAUAAAGUUACAAAUUUGGGAUACUGCAGGACAAGAAAGAUUCAAGACUAUUACAACAAGUUAUUAUCGUGGAGCACAUGGUUUAAUUAUUGUAUAUGAUAUCACAUCAAUGGACUCUUUUAAUAGCAUAAAGAGAUGGUUAAUCGAUGUUGAUAGAUUCGCAAGUCCAUCAGUUUUAAAAUUAAUAGUUGGUAAUAAAUGUGAUCUCAAUUCAAAGAGAGCCGUUGAUUUUAAGAUUGCAAAGAAAUUUGCAGAUGAAUUAAAUAUACCAAUAAUGGAAACUAGCGCAAAAGAAUCAACUGCAAUUGAUGAAGCAUUCAUUAAAUUAGCUUCUGACAUUAAAAAGAGUACUCCACAAAAAUAA